GUUGAAGACCUACCCAAAAACCCUUAAGUUGAAGUCCAUAUACAGAUGGCCAUGCAUGGUGGUUUAUUUGCCAAAGAAGCCAACACGACGUCCGCAUUCUCAGCGGUGCCUUGGUGGAGCACCGGCCUCGGAUCUCAGCCAGCAGGUUUUCACGAUGACCUUUUUGGCCAGUUCAAGCCUGCAUCUUCUGCUGUAGACAAGCCAUCCAAUACAGGAACCCAGCUCACUCCCUCUAGGGAACCAGAACGUAAUGGAGGACAAGAAACUGGAAAUGGGAAAACUAAUAAAUUUACCAUUUUUUCUGGUGAGUGCAAGGAUCCUCCAAAUGGGCAAAAGUUUCGGCUCCAAAAUGCCAGCAACAUGCAAGCAGCUGCUGCAGAAUAUCGAGGGCAUUUGGAGCUUGGAUUCAGCCAGCCAUUGAUUUGUGCAAAAUAUCCUUAUGGAGAGCAAUGUCAUAGUGUAUUCUCAACUUAUGGGCCUCAAUUGACUGGCCGGAUCAUGCUGCCGCUGAAUUCAACAAGUGAUGAAGUGCUAUUUGUUAAUGUUAAGCAGUAUAAUGGAAUAUUGAGGCGCAGACAGUACCGUGCAAAGGCAGAACUGCAGAAUAAAGUGCUGAAAAACCGCAAGCCAUAUCUGCACCUGUCACGUCAUCUCCAUGCAAUGCGCAGGCCAAGAGGUUGUGGCGGCCGCUUUCUCAACACUAAGAACCUGAAUGGCAGUAAGAGUAAUAGUGAUGACAAUACGACUGCAAAAGGACGAUUUUCUCGACCGACAGGAUCCCAGAGCUCCGAUGUCGUGCAGUCUGAUAGUGGAAAUUCAAGUUCACUGAGAAAAGCUAAUGGCUGCAGGUCAAAUAAUUUGGGUACAGAGGUUACUAGCGUGUACUCCAGGGGAGAUCUUGACUUUCCAUUUAACAAUCUAUCCUCAGCAAUUCAGUCUCUGCCUAAUAUGAUGACUUCAGGGCAUUGGAUUGUCCCGCCAGGCAAGUGGGUUGUAGCUGCAGAUAGCUGCUGCAACCUGAAAGUUUGAUGGCAGGAUGC